AUGACUGGUCGAGGAAAAGGUGGAAAGGGUUUGGGAAAAGGAGGCGCAAAGAGACAUAGAAAAGUACUGCGAGAUAAUAUUCAAGGAAUUACUAAGCCAGCUAUUCGAAGAUUGGCGAGAAGAGGUGGCGUUAAGAGAAUCAGCGGCUUAAUAUACGAGGAAACACGUGGUGUCUUGAAAGUAUUUCUUGAAAAUGUUAUUCGAGACGCAGUUACGUAUACUGAGCACGCCAAAAGAAAAACUGUAACUGCUAUGGAUGUAGUUUAUGCUUUGAAACGUCAAGGCAGAACAUUGUACGGUUUCGGCGGUAUGUUAGUCCCUUCAAUUGAGCCCCUACGAACUUCGGAUGACAUGUCUGGCAGAAAACACUCGUCGAAAUAUACUAAAUACACAGAGUAUCUAGAAUCGUUAAAAUAUAAACACACGGAAUAUCCAUUCGAAUUGUGAACCGCAAUGUCCGCAGUGUCCUCUGCGCGUCAAUUCCGAACGCGUUUGAAAUUAAUCGUUGGAAUACACACUUCAAAUCCAAUUCUACUUACGAGAUAGACGACUUGGAUGCGAACAGAAUCGCCGGUGGACAAUACGCACUGCCGAAUCAAUUUCCAUUCAUGGCUGUGGUGCAUCAACUGCUGGGCAAUGGAAUAGUGUCGAAAUGCGGCGGAACGAUCAUUUCUUCCAGAUGGGUGUUGACAGCGGGCCAUUGCGUAGCAUCCGGCCCCUACAAGUUUCUCGUCGUCUUCGGCACCCGUGACCAAUCAGGCAUUGGCUACAAUUUUUACAAUGGGCCUGGUGUAGCAAUGCUAACGAACCAAGCUGUACUUCAUCCAGAUUACCAAAUCAUUGUGAACGAUGUCGCAUUGUUAUACAUGCCGCAGGACAUUCCUUUCGGACUCAACAUUCAACCUAUCACGCUCGCGGGUCGUGACUACAUUGGGGAAUCAUUCGCCAACAAAAUGGGCAUAAUCAUCGGAUGGGGGAAAGAUGGACCUUACGGCACUGGGACGAGCAAACUGAAGUAUGCGAUUUUACCGAUUAUUUCGAAUUACGAUUGCUCCAUCUACUGGGCUAUAACGGAGAAACAUAUAUGCACAUCGGCCGCAUACCACAAAGACGCUUGUCAGGGAGACAGCGGUGGUCCUCUGAUCGUGUUGGUAAACGAGAUGCCUCUCCAAGUCGGAAUCGUCAGUUACGGAGACAGAUUCUGUCCCAGUGACAAACCUGGCGUGUUCACUAGAGUUAGUCCAUUCAUCGAUUGGAUUCAAGAAGUUACCAAUCUUUAAAAGAAACUCACACUUGUAUUACCAGUUUUGUACGGCUGACGAUGGAUAUAUAUAUUUCGUGCAUAUUUUAUUUAUAUAAAUAAAAACAAUUGCUAAAUCUUC